AGGGAGGAGGGUGAUUUCGGUGAGAGUUGCAGUUCUUAGUAACGCUUCCAGGGACAGUGCGGUCUGAAAAUAUACUCACAUUCACACGGAAGGCAUAGACUUACUGUACUACUCUCCAUUGAAUUUAAAUAUACACAACUCACGUUGUUGCAAACGGAGCUCUGCUGGCUUUCAAGGAACUGGUUUCACGUUGUUAUAGGACUAGGGGGUUCAGUGUUGGAGUUGCUGGGAUCAGGGGUCUGUUUGAAACCUAGCAACAUGGUCUCUUCACUCGCAGAUGUGCUUAAGUAAGCCGGAGACUCCCAACACUAUAAACGUUUCUUCGGACCCUUCGUCUGACACUUCAUCGUGGGGAACCGGCAUGGCAGGUUUCAAACGCGGAUACGAUGGGAAGAUCGCCGGACUGUAUGACCUGGAUAAAACCUUGGGCCGGGGCCACUUUGCAGUUGUCAAGCUGGCCCGGCAUGUGUUCACAGGGGAGAAGGUGGCAGUGAAGGUCAUCGAUAAGACCAAACUGGACUCUGUGGCGACCGGUCACCUGUUCCAGGAGGUGCGCUGCAUGAAGCUGGUGCAGCAUCCCAACAUUGUGAGGCUGUACGAGGUCAUCGACACACAGACCAAGCUCUACCUAAUCCUGGAGCUGGGUGACGGUGGAGACAUGUUUGACUACAUCAUGAAGCAUGAGGAGGGGCUCAGCGAGCAGCUGGCCAAGAAAUACUUUGCGCAGAUAGUCCACGCCAUCUCCUACUGUCACCGGCUCCACGUAGUGCACAGGGAUCUCAAGCCUGAGAACGUGGUCUUCUUUGAGAAACAGGGGCUGGUCAAGCUCACAGACUUUGGCUUCAGUAACAAGUUCCAGCCUGGCAAGAAGCUGACCACAAGCUGCGGCUCGCUGGCUUAUUCAGCACCUGAAAUCCUGCUGGGGGACGAGUAUGAUGCUCCUGCAGUUGAUAUUUGGAGCUUGGGAGUAAUUCUUUUCAUGUUGGUUUGCGGACAGCCACCUUUUCAGGAAGCCAACGACAGCGAGACUCUCACCAUGAUCAUGGACUGCAAAUACACAGUGCCAACACACGUCUCGCAAGACUGCAAAGAUCUAAUUAACCGGAUGUUGCAGAGAGACCCUAAAAGGAGAGCCUCUUUAGAAGAGAUAGAGAACCAUGCCUGGCUCCAGGGAGUGGACCCCUCUCCAGCAACCAAAUACAACAUCCCCCUGGUCUCCUACAAGAACCUCUCGGAGGAGGAGCACAACGGGAUUAUCCAGCGCAUGGUGCUGGGGGACAUUGCUGACCGUGAUACCAUUGUUGAGGCUUUGGAAACCAACAAGUACAAUCACAUCACCGCCACUUACUUUCUACUUGCUGAGAGGAUUCUGAGAGAGAAGCAAGAGAAAGAAAUCCAGAACCGCUCUGCCAGCCCCAGUAAUAUCAAAGCGCAGUUCAGGCAAUCUUGGCCAACAAAGAUUGAUAUGCACCAAGAUCUUGAGGACAGCCUAGCAGCUUCUUCUAUCUCUCACUCAAGCAUCCCACAGUCACCAGCCCGCAGCACUGAGAAUCUGCUCAAUGGGCACCGUACCAAAACACUGCUGGAACUGGGGAGACGGGAAGAGGUGGCACAGUCCUUGCCGUUGUCCUUGGUCUCCGCAGGCAAUUCCUCAGUACUCUCCUCCUUAACCACCACCACUUCCCUGAAACCUGCUGCUGCUGCCGCCGCAGCCACCAGCAAAAGCCGCACAUGUCUCUUUCGGGUGGAGGAGGAUGAGGAAGAGGAGGAGGAAGAGCAGCAUCUGGCCCAGCUUCCCACCCAGGUGGUCCUACGGCGCAAGCCCUCCAUCACCAACCGGCUGACAUCCCGCAAAAGUGCGCCAGUCCUCAACCAGAUAUUUGAGGAGGAGGGCGAGUCUGAUGAUGACUUCGAUAUGGACGAAAGCCUGCCGCCCAAGCUGAGCCGUCUCAAGAUGAACGUUGCCUCGCCGGGCACUGUCCACAAGCGCUACCACCGCCGGAAAAGCCAGGGCCGUGGCUCGAGCUGCAGCAGCUCCGAGACCAGCGAUGAUGAUUCGGAGAGCCACCGCCGCCGACUGGAUAAGGAAACUGGCUUUGCCUAUUCCUGGAACCGGCGGGAUAGCAGUGAGGGCCCGCCUGGCAACCCAGGAGGGAAUGGAGGUGGUGGAGGAGGAAGUGGACAGAGCAAACCUCCUGGGGAGGGCAACCCAGGGCCAGAUAGGGGUAGCCCACCUGCAGGUGGGGGCAGCAAAGGUGGGGAGGGCAGCCCUUCUGGCAGUUCCAGCGGCGGCAGUACAAACAACACUUCGGGCUCCACCCGCAGCUGCUCGCAUUCCUCCCCUUCGCACAAGACCGCUGGUGAGCUGGUGGAGAGCCUGAAGCUCAUGAGUCUCUGUCUGAGCUCCCAGUUUCAUGUUGGUGGCAGUAGUGGUCUUGGGGCCAGCAAGUACAUCAUAGACCCUCAGAACAACCUGACCUUCCCCAGUAUCAAGGUGCAGGAGAAGUCCACCUGGAAGAUGUGCAUUGGCUCCAAUGGGAGCCUGGACAAGACUCUGUCUCCCACUACCACAGCCCUUUGUGUCGGCCUGGGUGGCCCUAAAUCUUAUCACGACCAAACGAUUGCAACCCUCAAUGAGCUGGAACUGGCUAAGGAGAACAACAUGAACUUGAAUAACAACAUCCUGCAGCUACCUCUCUGUGAAAAGACCAUCUCUGUGAACAUUCAGCGGAACCCUAAGGACGGGCUGCUUUGUACCUCAAGUCAAACCAGCUGCUGUCAAGUGAUAUGACAACCAUCUCUGUAGCAUACUCUUACUUGACAGUACCACUUCUUAGUUCAGAACUAUGAGUAACCUCUCUGUAAACAUCCCUUUUUAUUUUUGUCAAGCUUUUAUACAGGCUUCAAGAGUUAUUUAUUGUGUAUAUUUUGCUGAGUAGAUCGACAAUGCAUGAAGAGGUGCAUGCUGCUAGUGUUUGUUUUCUCGCUUUCAAGUAACGACCCCCCUACCCCUCCCCCCCUUUUUUUAAGCUUUUUGUUUAGUUUGUAGGGUUCCCAACCAAAGGGGUGGAAUUAAACCUGGGCUCGAAAGUUUUGUAGUUGAAAUACAAAAUAAAAAAAUAAAACUGCACUUGAUAGCUUUGAGCAAGUUUAGAAAAUGCUAAUUGGGAACUGAUCAGACCCUGGUUUUGCCACCCAUGCUUUGUGGAAUAUAUGUGGUAAGAGCUGUUAGGAUGGAGAACCAAAGCAAUAAAGCAAGACUUUGACAAGCCCUUGAGAGGGCUUCUGAUAUUCCAAGGCUUUUACAAGUCAAACAUGCAAAGAAAGUCAGUACUGUAAUCUUAAUAUUGAUUUGCUCUCCACACUGAUGAGUCUUAAAUUGCCAUUUUGGGCAAUUGACCAAUAGAUUUAAAGAAAAAAAAAACGGCCUUCGUGAUAAGAGCUGAAAUAUUGCAUUUUACCAUGACAGACGAGAAUAAUCGUGCUGUUACUUGAAAUUGCACACAGACAAUCUUUGUUUUAAACAUGAUCUAAAUUAAAGUUUGAUUUUUAGUUGCUGAUGAAAUAAGGAUAUACCAAUUUUAUUUCUCUUAGCAGUAAUAAUUACCGAAUUCCCCUAUAACCUGACUCGCUCAUACUUCACAGAUUCAGGAAGUGCAUUUUUAACCAUAUCAAUUGGUUAAAAAUGCCUUUUUUUUCUCUACAUUCGAUAUUUAUUAUAUAACAAGAACCGUAUGUGUGGUGAAAUAAUAUUAUAAAAACAUUUAAAGAAACUGUGGCUAUGUUUUGACCCAUAAUGUAAAUCGUUACACAGUAAGGUAUCCCAUACAGUGAUCAGAUCUGUGCACCAAAAAACAGUACUGUCAUUUUUUUUUUUUUAAUGAUUGCCAUAUUGUAGAAACACUUCUACUAUUGUUGUGCAGAUGUGCUAAACAAUCCCCUUAUAUAUUUAUGAUCAUGUCUUUAUCUUUCUUCAAUUCUAUUUUAAUUUAAUUGUAAUUCUGUGGGGAAACCAGUUGCAGUAUUAGAGAAUUGUCUCAGAUGCACUGUUUUGAAUGAGAGGACAGUAGCAGGAGUCAGUGUUACAGAUUUAGGUGAAGGUGAGAAAUAUAGCAAUGGUCAGUUGCAUUUAAAAAUGCAUACUCGUGGCUAUUUAUUGUAGAUGUAUCCCUGUUCCUAUUGUAUACAACACCACUGACCUUGGUGUCUGCUGGGAGAGAGCAGAGGUUACCAACAGCCGCUACCAAUCACUGAAUUCUCCUGUUCGGAUAUCUAAAGUUUUAGUUUCCUUCCACAUCAGCCCAAGCCACUGCUGUAAAACUAUAUAUAGCUCAGUACAGUCUCGCAGUCCUCUUUGACAAAGGUAUUGAGUUGAUAAGCUGCAAUGAACAGACUUGGUACAAAGACCACUGAUGGCAGAACCAUUCUUCCGAUAAAAUGCUUGCAUUUCAGUGCCUACAUCGGAUUCUACAGUACAGGAAGGGUUGAUAAGCUAUGAGUAGGAGGGUGUUCCCACUUGUUCUGUUUUCCAUUUGCACACUCUCCAGCUGUGACAAAAUAAAUAAAUAAUCUGUAUUAUCACUAGUGGUGUGUCGUUGCAUCAGAUGUGUCUUGUGGCAGUUUGUGUAGGAAAACGAUUGAACUGUCUGCCUGUGUAUACUGUGCCAGAAUGUUUCUUUGAAAGUGUGCCAAUGAACAUGGGUUCAGGGAGCCUUCAGCUACUGUUACCUGCUUAUCCUAGCUGGAGUACCUCCAGGGAAAGCUGAGGAAAUGUUUAAGUUUCAAGAAACCCAAGACAAAUUGGGAAGGAGACAGCAAACACAUUUUUAAAUGAUAUUCUCAGAAUGAGACUCAAUGUAGUAAAUGGUGACUCAAGAUCCCUUUUAGUACUACACACGCUGAUUUAUAACCAUUACUCGGUGUGUGUGCUGUUUUUUGGGGUUUUCAUUUUUUUUAAACUAAUUUUAGCCUUUUUCCAGCAGUCGUAAAGUAUCAGUAUCUAAUAUAUAUUGCACCUCAAUUAUUUUUUUAACACAAUAUUUGUUAGACUAGUUUUAAAAUAAGAGUGUUAAUAUGUAGAUUCCAGCCUUUUUUUAAUUACAAAGUUAAUUAACUUGUUUUCACAGGUCUGCUGAAUAAUGGUUUUAGCAUGGAGUUUUGUUUUUUGUUUGUUUGUUUAAGAGCCAAAAAGUAGCAUGUUUCUCUAGGCAACAAUAUGGCUAUAGUGGUGCUAUCAUUUUGAUUUAAUUUCAGGUCUUGGUUUAGUGCACAAGUGCAAGCUUAGAGUUAACUUGAAUAGCUUGGUGUGGAAGGGGAAGGAAGACCUUUCAGUGAUGGCACAUGGCACCUGUUUGGCAGUGUUCAAUAGCCGUAUAAAAGAUAAUUACAAUAAUGCCUUCAUUAAAUGGGCUGCUCACAAUUCUUGUGAGCGUUACUUAAUUUAAAUGCUUAAAGAAUAAAAAUAGAGAUUGUUAUAUUAAAAGGGCAUUGGCAAUAAUCUAUAUGUUGCAGCUAUCUGUAAAAAUAUAUUUUUUUGGUUUUAUAUUUAACAUGUACAGCCUUUGAAUGGCACCUUUUGAAAAAAGAAAAAAAAAAUCCUGUGUUUUUGUUUUUUUAAACAAAGGUCUGUAAAUACAGAUGUAUAUAUGGUGCAUUACAUUUAGAACUAUAGUGUUGGCCAUAUGGUGCAUAGUUGUAAUAUAGCCUUAUUAGUUAAAUGAGUGUACAAAACAAUGUUGGUCUGUGGCUAUUGUCUUACCCAGUUGUGAAUGACUGCAUGUGUUUUAUGUUGUACAUUAUCUUUAUAGGUACAAGAAAGGGAGAGAAUAACCACUAUUGUGUGUGUAUAUAUGUGGGUGAUUUUAUAUAUAUAUAUAUAUAUAUAUAUAUAAAAUGACCAAACAAUGUACUGGCUUAAAAAUGUAAUGUAUUAUUCUGUACCUAAAAUCUGUCUUCAGAGUUACAUAUAGCUACGGUCUAAAUUAAAUGUUGUGAAAAAAUGUUCUUUAAACUGUGCUUAUUGUGUCCAUAUUAUGUUGCCAUCAGAGUGACUGCUGCAAUAUUUACAGCUAUGCUGCUGUUGUGGAUUACUCAGAAGUCAAGGCCAUGUCGGAGGGUUGUGGGUUCAAUCCCCAGUGGGGGACACUGCUGCUGUACCAUUGAGCAAAGGUACUUUACCUAGAUUGCUCCAGUAAAAACCCAACUGUAUAAAUGGGUAAUUGUAUGAAAAAAAUAAUGUGAUAUCUUGUAGCAAUUGUAAGUCGCCCUGGAUAAGGGCGUCUGCUAAGAAAUAAAUAAUAAUAAUAAUAAUAAUAAUAAUAAUUCCAUAUUAACUGGUAUUCUGCUGAGAGACCACUGAACUUACCACAGGUGACAAAUUUAUUUUCAAAAGUAUUGAGAAAAUGUGUAUGACAUCGAAAUGGACUGGAUGAAAUAAUUCUUUAUCUUGUGAUCAUGAAAAAAACAUUCCAUUAUAACAGUUUUUUCUUUUUUUUUUUUUUUAUGGCCAACAGUAAAAAAGAAAUCACACAUGUUGUAUAAAUAGGGGAUGCUCCGUAAACAUUCAUACUGUAUUUAUUCCACAAAUGAGGAUGGCCAAGUAACCAACAGUAGUGUUAAUAGUUAAUAGUUUAUUUAUUUAUUUAUUUAUUUAUUUAUUUAUUUAUUAAUUUCUUAGCAGAUGCCCUUAUCCAGGGCGACUUACAGUCGUAAACAAAAAUACAUUUCUAAUGAGGUGUUAUUUUAAAAGUUUGUGUGAUGACUCGCUGAUCACAAAAUCUUGAUCAGCAUACAUUUUUGACAGCUGUUUUCACAUACCCUGAUUUAGCACUACACUGUAUUUCCUGUGAUAAAGGAAGACCUCAAACACCUGAAGGAAGCAAAAAAUAAAAUAAAACAGAAACUAUCUAUGUUUCUUUAUUUUGGCUAUAAUUUGCUAAAAUAGAAUUAAAUAUUCUUCAAUUAAAACAUGUAUGUUUACUUUGUAGUAUAUCGAGAGGAACAGUAGUUUCUCGCGCAAAGUUACAGCGCGAAUUAGCUAUGGAUAGACAAUAUUUGGAAAAAGUAAAACCCUAAUAAAUAAAUACAUUAAUAUAAAUAUUGAAAUAAAUGAGUACAUAAAUUAAUACAUAGACAUUUAUGUAUUUAUCUUUAUUUAUUUUUCACUAUCAUAUAAACAAUGACAUUUACUAUAUGAAAUGAAAAUAAAUAUUCAACAGUUCUUGUUCAAUUGUAUAUUAGUGAAUAUUUUUGUACAUAAAGGUCGUCAUGCUUUCAUAUAUUUUUACUUUCAAAUUGAAAAAUAUAUUGUAACGACCCAGACAAUUGCUUUGUUGCAGGACUUGUCUGUUCAGCUUGUCUUGUCUGUCUAUGUUACAUGUAUUGUAAGGGAUAUGGGAUGGGUCACGCCGUUAGUUAAUGGGGAGGAUGUGUGUUGUUUAUGGGGUUGCAGAGCAUUUGAGAAUUCAACACCGUCUCCUUUUCUUUGACAUACAUUAGUUGCUUAAACGAUUUCCACUAUCUUUAUUUAGAAACAUGUACUUUUUAGUACUGAUCUGUGCAUUCUACUUUGUCCCCAACAUGUGAAUAAUUGUUUGUUACAAAAUACAGUACUAAUAUGAAUUGUAUACAGUAUUUCUAUGUAUAUAAACGUGUAACAUCUUUCGUUAAACAGACUCACAAUUAAAACAAUGUAUAUGACAUAUUUGGUAUAAGAGUAACAUAACUUUGUACAGGGAUAAAAAAAAAAAAAACUUUUGUUCUACAAAGCGUCAGUAACUAGAAUCUAUAUUUCCUGUAAAAUCAGAUUCAGCAAGUGACAGCUAAACGGUUAAGAUACGGGUAAGCCAAGGAGACUUCUGUUCAGUUUUCAAGUUGCCUAAAAUUACAGGUAGAUGGAUGCUGUUUGCAAUUAUUGUACUUUUAAUAAGUUAUAAAUUGUUUCCGUGAUUUCAUAUUAGUUCAUAAAAUGUAGCAUAAUGCAUUCUGUUAACGGUAAAGGGAAUCACCAACCUGCUUAAUUGUGUUAAACUGUAUUACAGUAUACUGCAGUUUUGAUAGACCAAGGCUGACUGAGAAAUAUGUCUGGGUUUGGUCUGUGGAAAAAAUGGCAGCCCUAUCCUGAGUACUACUUCCUAAACAUGAACAUGUUACAAUAUACUAGAUUAACGGAUCAAGCUUAUUAUGAUAGUUUACAAAAUUAGAUGAAAACAUUCAAUAC